AUACACACACACGUAAAUGGCCAAACACCAAAUCAUCCACCCGCAGCGAUGAGUAAAUUCUAUCUCCCCUCCUCGCGCUCCCCCUCACCCACCCCCUCAUCAACCUCCACCACCUCAUCCACCACCUCCUCCCUCGCGCUCCCCUACCCCCUCCCCCUCCAACGCGCCGACUUCCUCGCCCCAAACUUCACCCCCGCCACCUACCUCUCCAGUCGGCGCUCGCAGCACCAAACGCUCGAAGACCUGCGCGCCGAACUGCGCUCGCGCUCCCAGCUCCUGAGUAAAGAGCUGCUCGACCUCGUGAACGGGAACUAUCAGGAUUUUCUGAAUCUGGGGAAUAGUCUGCAUGGUGGCGAGGAGCGGGUUGAGGGCGUGAGGGUGGGCUUGCUGGGGUUUCGGAAGGAGGUGCAUGGGUUAAGGGAGGGGGUGGGGAGGAGGGAGGAGGAGGUUGCUGGGUUGCUUGGGGAGCGGAGGGGGGUGAGGCGGGGGAUUGAGAUUGGGAGGCGGUUGGUGGAGUGGGAUGCUAGGGUGGGGGAAUUGGAGACUGAGUUGCGUGUUGAUGGGAGGGGGAGGGAGGGGGAUGGGGAUGAGGAGGUGGAGGAUAGUGAUGAAGAGGAGGAUGAUGAGGAGGAAGGCGCGUAUGGCGUGUCUGUUGCGAAGCUUGCUAGGACUGUCGCGCAGUAUCGCCUCAUUCAGGAGCUGGAGAAGGGGGUGCAAGGACAUCCGUUUAUCGCGGCGCAGACGCACAGGAUGCUCAUGGUGCGGAGUACGCUGCUGCUUGAUUUGAGUGCGGCGCUGGGGCAGGCGAAGAAGGCUGGAACUGCGGGGUCGGGGCGCAUCAUGAAGGUUAUGAAGAUUUACGCCGAUAUGGACGAGUCGGCGGAAGCAGUCAAGGUUCUGAGGUCGUUGAAGACGACGACAUGA